AUGAUUUUCAGCCGCCUGUUCACUACAACGGUUCUCGCGACCGCGAGUCUCGCGGCCUCAUUGGCACCACGUGCCGUAAAACCUUGGUCCAACUUCAACAACAACGCUAUUUUCAAGCCCAAGAAGGAAGCUACCAGCUGGCGUACGCUCUACGGACGAACUCUGCAGCUACCGGACAAGUCACUUCUUCUGUCCUGGGAGGAUUACGAUCCUGAUGUGGAAUUGACUUACUUCCCCAUCUACAAAUCGACAGAUGGUGGUGCGUCAUACAAGCCCUUUGCUAGGGUUGAGGACCAGGUCAACGGCUGGGGUAACUGGUACCAGCCCUUUCUUUAUGCCUUGCCUCAGGAUUUUGGGGGAUACCGCAAGGGCACGAUUCUUCUCGCCGGCGUCUCUACCCCUCGCAAUCUGACUGAAGCCUACAUCGACCUUUAUGCCAGUGAGAACCAGGGCCAAGACUGGGAGUUUGUUAGCCAUAUCGUUUAUGGCCCUGGACCUGAGACUGUCUCCCAAGGCGACCAAGCUGUUUGGGAGCCGUUCCUCAUGAUGCACAAAGGCCAGCUUGUUUGUUAUUAUUCCACCCAAGUCGACCCGAAGUUCAACCAGAAGCUCUCGCAUAAGACAACCAAGGAUCUACGCAAAUGGAGUAGGGCUGUUGACGACGUCGCCUAUCCUAAUACUGAUCAACGCCCUGGCAUGGCAACUGUUGCUUAUAGCCCUGUAUCUAAGAAUUACGUCAUGACGUUCGAGUACUGUGGCGGGCCCCUUACUGGUGGCUGCCCCGUGUACUACAAGGUAUCAAAAGACCCUCUCGCCUUCGGAUCUGCUACUGCGCAGCCUAUCAUUCCGAACGACGGACAACUGAACCCCAACGGCAGUCCAUUUGUGAUCUGGACUCCUGAGCCCGGAAAGAAGGGUAAGGGAAUUUUCAUUGCUAAUGGAAACAGUCGCGAAGAAGUCUUUGUCAAUACGGAUGCUGUUGACCCCAAGGGUUGGAAGCCGGUUAAUGUCGGGCAGUGGUCAGCUUAUUCACGGGAACUUCGCAUUAUUGAGACUCCUGAUAGGAGUGCUGCUGAGGGAGAGCCGAAGCUCCUUAUUACAAAUGGCGGAAAUAUUGGUUGUUCAGGAAAUUGUUACAACUACAUUGCAGACGGACUUGUGGAUAUCCCUAAUUAUCCCCGGACAUGA